UUACGCCUUUCUCCAAUUGAACAUUCGCUACAUUUCAUUUACUGUUUCACUGGCGUUUAAACGUUAGCGAUCAUUAGGCUAAUGUCAAUGCCACACUACAAAGUCUACAACUACGUUUCCAAGCAUGAUGCUUUAAAUUAGGGGAAGCGGUGCAAAUACGACACAUCAACAAGACUCCUGAAAUGGCUUAGAUAAUCAUGUCAUUCAAUGCAAUAUUGCUCUCAAAUGACAGUAUAGAAAGGUAGGAACCCAAAGGAAAUUCAGUGCAUUAUGAAGUUAUCAAGUAUUCCUUUGUUGUUAGCUUCCAUUUUUACUUGCAAAGCCGUUAGUGCAUACUCCAGCGAUUACGAUUCUCUUCUAAAUGACAUUGUCAAGAGCGAUUAUGAUUCACCGUCUGGCGGCGAAGGACAGGUAACGCUGUCUAGCCUGUCAGGCUUGUCUACUUUGUCGAACCUGGCAAAGCGCGAUGUUGAACCGUACUUCAAGGAGCUCGAUAUGUUUUCUUUCGACAACUUCGAGAAACUUACAAAAAUUAAAAAUAUGCUCGCAGACGCGCAAUCCAAUGAGAUGUUGGGUGAUGCGCUUUAUCUUUACAACUUUAUGGAUCGGAAUGGCCACUCAAAAAGCAUCACGUUGAAUGACUCAUCCGAGUUUGUUACUGAAACGUGUAAAUUUCUUUCCUCAUACGGUUUAAACAAUACCGAAAUUCUUGCUUCUACGGCAUCGAGUUCAUUUCUGGUUGACUUUUAUAAGAAUUUUGAGGUUUCUGUUUGUAAUGCUAACCACAAGACGACGAAGCGUGAAUAUGUGGAAUGCAGUGCUAAUCAUGCCACUAACACAGAAAGUUGUAAGAAUCUCAAUGAGAGUCUCAAGAGUCGUUCGGAGUUCCUCCCUGGGAUCAGAAGUUGGUGCAGUGGUGCUUGCUGUAUUUCGUGGAGCAGAGAUACUUACUUUACUACAGCUUGGGCACGUGAUAAGCUCCAAUCGUGUAUCACAUUUUGCAUCGCGCCUUCUGGAAGCUGUGAAUGGAAGGAUACCGGCUAUUUUUUGCAAAAAUUUAAUUUCUGUGUUAGCAACAGAAGCAGUGGUUGCCGCUGAUUAAAAUCAAUUACAAAUCAGUAUCACCUUAAUGUUUAUUUAUAGUUUUUUAAAGACAUAAC